CUCAGUUUUGUAGUUUUUAGUGUGGUCACUAUAUUUCCUCCCAUCAAGUAGAUGGCAGCAUUACCUCAAAGUCAACCAAUUGAGUUCUCGAGAGAUACCCGCUUAUCUUGUAGGCAUGCACACGCAGCCCUUCUCGUGUAAUAACGUUGUAACUUCAUUUCACAGUGUACAUUAGGACUUCUUGACCGCGACAACUAGCCGGUGCGCAUCUCGCGUACAAACAGAAAGCUUCAAAACAUGUCGGCAGUCUUCUCUUUCCAGACACAGCUCGUCUCCAUCAUGGACGCGUUAUCCAAAACAGCUGUGAUGGAAAUAAGCAAACUGGUCGAGAUCGAGUCGAAGAUGCUGAAAAUAGAGAUAACCCGAGGGCGGAAUGAGAUUGCCUCGCUCACAGAGAAACUGCAGCUGAUGGAGAAACUGCUUUACAUCGCACAGGGGAGCAGGCAGGACGCAGCAGCCGCAGCAUGCUCGGUGGUGACGGACGCCUCAGAGGACGGAGUAUCGGAGCCUGACAAGACGAGACCUGCCAUAAAGAGUGAGAGCCCAUGGGAAUGCAUAACUUCGUCCACCGAGAGGAGCAGUUUGCAUGAAGGAGAAGAGCAUGCACCAGCUGAACCCCCAAAUCCAUCAAAGGAGCAGCCGGAAUUGAUAGUUAUAAAGGAAGAGCUGUCAGAGUUGGACAAUGGAGUCAUUGAACAAGAUAGGACAAGUGAAAACAGAAUGGAAACGGCUGCAGACACCCAGAAGAGUCCAGAAGUGAUGCAGCGUCCAAAGCCCAUUACAGAACAUCAGCAGGCUCUCUUUCCUGACAGCUUUGUGAUCCUGAGCACCCAGUCGUCUCUCACUGGACCAGGCAGGAGGGAAACGGGGUGGAUUCCACAGUUUACAUCUGCACACACAACCCUAGAAGCUGGGAAAAACUUAGCUCAAAAUGUUGCUUCCCAAAGCUUAAAUGUGCUCAGGAAUAUGAAGCUUCACAACUUGAGGAACUCGGCUGCCAAGAGGUUCGGCUGCUUGCAGUGCGGCAAGAGCUUCAGAUGCUUUAGCCAACUUGAAAUACACCAGAGAAGUCACACAGGAGAGAAACCGUUCAGGUGCACACUUUGUGGAAAGCGAUAUGCACAAAAAGGGCAUCUGUAUACACACCAGCGCACACACACUGGAGAGAAGCCAUAUCGUUGUCCUAUUUGUGGAAAGGGUUUUAUUCAGAAAUGUACUCUUGAUAUGCAUCAGCGCACACACACUGGAGAAAAACCUUUUGUUUGUAUCAAAUGUGGCAAGGGAUUUACGAAAAACUGUAAUCUGAAGAAACAUCUCACAGUACAUCUAGACCCUAAUUUGAACAUGUAUGGUAGUGAAUCUAAUGCGCCAACAUGUAGUGGGACAUUCAUAAAUGGAACCACUUUACCCACAACCCCUCGCGACACAGCUGUGCCCUCUCUGAUUAAAGAAAAACGUCGCUACGCUGGAAAAUCUCGCCACGAUUUCGAAAUCUUCAGCCUCCAAGUCGAGAUGAUGUGCGACACCACAAACCGGAGCUUUCGGACGCAGUUAGCCGCCGUCCUGGAGAGGCUAACAAAGGCGGCUUUGGUUGAAAUAGGCAACCUGGCUGAUGAAUGCUCCUCCGUCCUUCACACCGAGAUAUCGCUGCACAAGACGGAGAACGAGGCGCUGAAGAAGCGGUGUUACUCACUGGAGGUCCAGCUGAGAGCAGCGAGGGAGGCGCAGACCUACCCUGCACAUGUCAACAGUGUCAGCCGCCGACACCCAGCAGAACAGCAGCAGCCUGCUCCAGCCAUCGAUGGAGUUUUUGGAAAGGACUGGUGCAUGGAUCUGUGGAGAGAAGACAAACUCCCACCGCAAAGAAAAGAGACAGUGGAGCCGGCUGCUAUGACAAGCAUGGGUGUACAGGAUAUCGACUUAUUGGAGAGAGAACCUGAUCUCAUCUUUGUCAAGGAGGAGAUAUAUGAUGAUCAUCCCAUUGGUCAACAGAUGAGGCUCAUGGAUAACCGAAAACUUGUUGGAAUGUUUGAGGAGGACGGCAUGCUUCAUAGAUCUGUUGAUGAGCUGCAGCUUCACUCAGGGGAUUUAAACAACUUCCCCAUGACGGCUGACAGUCAAACACAACUACGCACUCAGCCAACAAUUAUGGACAAGUUAAUAGAUGACGCAACAAUGAGCACACUGGUUGACAACACAAAUCCUCCUCCAGCCACCGCCGAAUAUUCAGACUACACGAACAGUGUCCACAUGAAUGCACCCAAAGACCACACCGUUCUGCCAAAAGCUAUCAAGCCGACGAAACGAUUUGAGUGCUUAUUCUGUGGGAAAAUAUUCAACUAUUUGAGCAGUUUAAAAGUCCACAUCAGGCGACACUCCGGCGAGAAGCCUUUCAGCUGCUCAGUCUGUGGGAAGCGGUUUGCACAGAAAACAUACCUGAAACUGCACCAGCGUGUGCACUCUGGCGAGAAGCCUUACAGUUGUCCAGACUGUGGCAAAAGUUUUUCCCAGAAAAGCUCUCUGAACAUACAUCUUCGAACACACACAGGUGAAAAGCCAUAUAGCUGCGUGGAUUGUGGGAAAUGUUAUGCAUACAAGUAUGGUUUAAACCACCACCAGUGUUUCAACUGACUGAUCAAACCACAUGGUAACUGGUAAGAAGUCAGAUCAGACCUGCGACAGAAGUGUUCUCUGUACAUGUGCCAAAAUGUUUAUAUGAAACUACAUCUAAUGUGAGUACCUCAUCCGAGCUCCAACAAAAAUACAUUUCAUUCAUUGCAUGUUCUCAUACGGUUCUAACACUAUACAUACCUCAGUGUCAUAUUUCAAGCCACAAAAGGCUUGUAUCAGACAAUGCCAAAAUAAUGAUAAGUGCUUCAUUGUUUGCACACGUAGCAUAAACCUUCAAAACUACCUCUUCACUACAAUGUAGAAGUAAAACAACUCGCUCUGUUUGCUUCACUGCCCAAGUCUCACCACUGCUCUAUAUUUCCCGUACGUUAUGCCUCAUUUCAUGGCAUUUAACUGGACAGAAAAUGGGUAGGCGUAUUUCUUUUAAAAAUUGUUAAAAACAGUUGUUGAUGUGUGUGUGUGGGUCAUAUAAUAUUUAAAUGAGAUGGAAAUUGUUCAGGUCUAAAUGUUGUUAUUGUUCUAAAAUGUAUUUGUAUGGCUGGUUAUAACAGACAAAUUGUGUUGUCAGUGUGCAGUCAAGCCAAACUUUUUUUUUCUUUCUAGAUGUUAACCAUUUCUGUUCAAGAAAUCAUAUUUUUUAAACUUCUGUACUGAACUGUCAUCACAUCUAAACAGAGCAAUUAUCUGUACUAAGUACCUAUUUUUCUUGUAAUGAUUUCACUGAACAGAACAGAGCACAUUGACCUGAGUGAAUUAACCCAGCCCAAGAAAGAAAUCUUGAACUGUUUCACUCAAACCUGCAUGCCCCUUACAAAAUGAGAUGUACAUUGUUCAGACUGUCAACAUUGAAUAUGUAAAGACUCCACUGAUAAAAAUGGAUUCUUCAAAGGCAACUUGAGUUUAGAUUAGACAAAGUAAUUUAUACUUUACAAAGGAGAGUUCUAUCAAAUAAAACUUAAAUCAACAA